CCCGCCCACCCGAAGUCCAAUCCCUUCCUCCUUCCUCCCUCCACCACUUGUGCUUGGAGUCCCGCAGCGGCUGCAGCUUGAAACCUCUUUGGGUUUGUCAGAGCCCGGGAACUAGCUAGGGAGGCCGAAAGGAAGGAAGGGGCGGGGGAAGAGGUGCUCCCUAGAGACCACAACAGCCACAGCUACUGGAGGUGGACUGGCAGGCAGGCAGAGGCAGGGUCUUAGCGCUCCAGCAAAGUUGGGCGCGCGUGUCCCGGAACUCUGAGCGGGAGGGGCGGCGGAGCAGCAGCGGUUGUAGAGGCAGUGGCGACCCCUGAGCGGGUCCCAGAGAGUCAGGGCAGGGGCCCUGAAAUGAAGAUGAGCGCGCCCUGGACCCGCUUCUAUUCGAACAGCUGCUGUCUGUGUUGCCAUGUUCGCACCGGCACCAUCCUGCUGGGCAUCUGGUACUUGAUCAUCAAUGUGGUGGUACUUCUGAUCCUAUUGAGCGCCAUGGCAGACCCAGAUCAGUAUCACUUAUCCAGUUCUGAACUAGGAGGCGACUUUGAAUUCAUGGAUGAUGCCAAUAUGUGCAUCGCGACAGCAAUCUCCUUUCUCAUGAUCUUGAUCUGUGCAAUGGCAACCUAUGGUGCAUACAAGCAACAUGCUGCCUGGAUCAUCCCAUUCUUCUGCUACCAGAUUUUUGAUUUCGCCCUCAACUCUUUGGUGGCGAUCAGCGUACUUGUUUAUCCAAAUUCUAUCCAGGAAUAUAUCCGACAGCUGCCUCCUCAUUUUCCAUACAAGGAAGAUAUCAUGUCAGUGAAUCCUACCUGUCUAGUCCUUAUUAUUCUUCUCUUUAUCAGCAUUGUCUUGGCUUUUAAGGGUUACCUGAUUAGCUGUGUCUGGAAUUGUUACCGAUACAUCAAUGGCCGAAACGCCUCUGAUAUUCUGGUUUACAUAACCACCAAUGAUACUACGGUGCUGUUACCACCCUAUGAUGACACCACUACAGCCUCCGCAGCAACUGCAAUGGGGGCAGGGGCAGGGGCAGUCAUGGGCGCCGGUGCAAGUGGGGGUGCAGCUGAAAGUAAAGAGCCCCCCCCACCUUAUGUAUCUGCCUGAGCCAAAAGGAUACUUGGUGACCCUCUGAGAUAUAAAGCAAACCCCAAAUUCCUCUGAAGAUGGAUACACAUUACUUUUCUUACUGGGUAUUACCUUCCUAGACAGCUGAAGAACUUUGGUGCAUUUAUUUCACUAUUUGUUCAUUGCUAAAUAUACUCUAUGUGAAGGCUUUCUGCAAUUAAAGUGAUAUGUCCUCAUGUUUAAGAAAAUAGCCUUUGGAACCUCUGGGCAUGCUGCCCCAUGGACCACCCCCUCCCUGAUAUUGUCAUGCAAAUGCCACACAAUUUCCAUGUGAAUAAGAAAUAAAUGUUAUGUUUGUUCCAU